AAAAUAAUUAUUAACCCAAAAAUACGCCAUUAACAGCUCAGACUGUAACAACUGUUUUAAAAGGAAGCCGAAGCAAAUGACCACACCAGUUGAAAUCAAUGUUUUCAUCUUGCUAGUUUUAUCACGUAUAUAAUAUAUAACUUUAUAAUAACUGUGUAUUAAUAAGAAGUGAUCACUUCCACUAAGGAUUUGGCUGCUAAUAGAUACUGCAUUUGUUGGAAUUGCUUGUCUUACAUAAUUUGUUGAUGCAGCUCAUGAUUUCUUAUAUACAGUUCAUAAUUGGUAUAUACACUUAACUUGCAAUCAGAUUUCUUAUAUACUGUUCAUAAUUGGCAUCUUAAGAAAUUUAAUUCUAUUAAGCAUAAGGCUGUAGUUAUGGAUAAUACCACAGCCUAAAGUUAAAUCUGGCUGUCUUUUGUCAGGACCUGAUCCUCAUGACCUGCCUAGUAUGGGUAUCCCUUGCUGGAACCUGAAUUCCACCUUGUAAAGCUCAUAGAGUAAAAGAAGUCACUCAAGCAUCUUCACCACAUCAAGGUAACAGCUCUUGAAGAUGUCUUUUUACAAACAGAACACAACACUAGUUUAACAAAACACAGCAAUAAGGCUUUCAGAACAAAACAAGAUUAUAGAGGUUUUAAUUAACAAACAGUUGCCUAUAACUCAAACUUGGCAAAAUAUCAAGCUUAUUUAUAGCUAUUUACAAAAUACAACUCAGAAACUCGGUGCCUUUGAACCCAAUCGUCAAAGGUGAACAAAUCAGAUUCAGUUUCUUGACUCGUGUCAGAAUGCAACUGAGUAUCUCAAACAAUAUUAAAUUCUAAUUCCCCAUCCAUUUCCCCCAUCCAUUAAAUAUAUUUUCUGCUGUCAUAUUCAUAGAAAUUCCAUUGCCUUCAACGGGAGUUGAUGUUUCAGCAAAUAAUUGAUCUUGUAUCUCACCAACAGAAAGCUCUGUGUCUUGCUCAUCACAGACACACAUAUUUCCAACAAUGAAUUUAUCUGGAAUGAGAUUUUUGUCGACUUUGCUCAAAAUAUCAGGUUCCAAAUCCUCAUUCUCAUCUAUAUUCAAAUUAAGCUUAGGUCUUAGCCCUCCCUUGCAUUCUUCAAACCCAAACUCAACAGGGUUAGGGUAAACUAUUUUCUCACUAAAUAUCUGAUCAUAUUCAUAUGCUUGAACUCCUUCCUGGCAACAUUCCCUAAAAACAUUUAGAGCCAAUGUUUUUGUCACAUAUCUUAGUCCAGGAUUUUUAUCAUUUCCUGUGUAAAUGCUCAGUGCACCAAGACUUUCCAAAAGAAAUAUUGUGUUCUUAAAGCAGCCAGCAGAGACUAGAUCUUCAUACAGUUUCCAAACAUCAAUAAAGAAAUUCAUCUUCACCCUUGAAUUCUUGGCUUUAAAUUCCUCUACACUAUCUCCUUCUUUUGCCUUUUUGGUAGGCUUUCCUGUCUCAAAAUCAACUAAUUUGUUGUGAAUAGAGCAGUAGAGUUUUAUAGAAUUUGUCACAAUCAACUUUCUGAUCAGGUUAUGUUUUAGUAAAAGAAUUGUGACAUUAUCUGUUUCAGGACAAUUGAUGACAAUAGAUUUUCCUUUUCACUUCUGUUUUACAAUAAAAAUCUGUCUAGUGCAAAAAAGACUGCUGUGUCAGGUUAAGGAUGGUAACAGCUGUAGUCAUAUGUAGAAAGAAAAAGAUUUCCAAUGCCAUCAACUGAAUAGGAAUCAGAAAUACCACAGUUGCCACCAAUAACUACAUGAGUGAAAUUAUUUGGGAGAUUCUGUGGCUGUAAGAAAGUUAUAUCCUGACAUGCUCUAACAUAAGCAGUAAUAAUUUUCUGGUGACCAUUGUCUCUGUCUAACCAUCUAGUUGCAUAGGACUUGAUGAGCUUAUUUUGAUCCACCUGCACACAUCAAGAGGGGAAGUAAGCACAAAUGUUCUUGUUGCUUCAGUACAGCCUUUAGUCUGAUCUGCACGCCGAUCAAAAGUUUGAAUGAAAGUAAAAUGUGUGCUUUUGUUGGCAUAUUUAUGUGCAAAUGGAAUCACAGUUUCUUUGAUCAUUCUAAAGCACAUCUCUUUGUAAGAACAAAUUGGGAUCUUCAGGCUUCUAAAAUCAAACAUGCAGUCUCUAAUCAUACAAGUGACAUUUUUCAGGUUGUCAGUGGCAGAUUCAAAGGAUUGAGAAUUCAAAAAAGAUGACUCAGAAGAUUUGAAGAGCCACAAAGUCAAGUCAGACUUUUUGGCAAAAUGUAGACUGGCACCAUCCUUUUUCAGUAACUGAAUAGGCUUACUGGUGUCAGACAUGGACACUUGCAUGCCAGUAGACUGCAGUAAGAGUUCAGACAUCACCUCAACUUGUUGUUUAGCGUGAUUAAGAUCAGCUUUCUGUUGUCUUUUUGUUGGAGAUCUCUGUACAGUUAAGAUUUCAGGAAAUUUUGGAUUUUCUAACUUAUCACAGAAACAAACUUAUCAACCCUUUUUUCCCUAAUUUCCUGAAGAUUAGUUAAAUCAAAAUUUAUGCUCUCGUUGAUUGAAUGUAGGACAUGCAUUUCUUUAGGAAAAAAAUCAUCUGCUUUAUGUUUCAAGAGACUGUUGAAUACUUUCUCCAAACCCUUUUGCCAACAAGCUCUUAGACAAAUAAAAGAGGUGAUUUUCAAUCUAUGGGUUGGAGGUUUUGCUUUAUAUUCUGCUAUCCUAAGUUCUGUUUUCAGAUUAUUGUGGCAGAGCUCUCUUUCCUGUAUCAUGGAUGCCUUAUUUAGUACAUUCUGCACUGUACCAAGUUUAAAACAGUUUUUUGCACUCUUAUUAAAAAGUGCUUAAAGGUUUUGAUCUAGAGGUCUGCAGUGUCCUGGCUCAGAUGAUUUGUUUGAAACCCACAGUGUUCUGACAUUGGAUUCUUCGAAAGGUCUUAAUAAAAACAUAUCUCGAACAUGAUAACAAAGGGCAGGACCAUAGUUAAAGCUCCGUGACAAUUUUGGUAAAGAGCAUAUCCAGAUCAAAGUCUCUACUCUAUUCUCUAUUCAAGAAACCCAAGUACAGAAAGCCCUUCAAGUAGUUAAUAAUUACUUUCAACUCUGGUUGAUAUUUUGCAAAAUGUUCACAGAACUCCUUUACUUGCUCUAAGUUUGUAAUCUUAUUUUCAUAUUUCUGUAUUGCUCCCAGUAGUUCAGUUAUGCCAGCCAAAAUGUCAUGAUAAUAAAACUGAUUCGAAGAAUCAAAAUCUUUCAUAGAUAGCAAAUACUGGAUUUUACAUGCACUUUGGUUAUCUAGAAAGGCAGCUGCAUGCUUCUCAAUAUGAAAUUUGCCAUACCGCUUUACUAGUUUUUCAUGCAAAUUGGCAAGUUUAUGGAAAGACCCAGAGGAAUAGUGUUGAUAUCCAUGAGUAGCGCAAAGGAUUCAAAUGGAGAAGUUGAUCUAGAUGUGCCCAAACCUGAUAAUCUGCUCCAAAUGUUAUACAUUUUGAAACUGGAGGGUAAUCGAUCCAACUGAAGGGGUGAUCAAGAAGUGAUACAAAUGAAAACAUCCAAAUAAAUAAGGUCUCUGCAGAUUGCUCAAUCUCAGUUUGAAACAUGUCAAAUUUCAUUGUAUUCCUCAAUAAAUGAUCUUUUGGAAAAAAUUCAUUAUUCCAGAACUUGUCAAAUUCACUUAUCUCAAUAUUCUUUACACUAACACACUGAGCCAGAUAUUAAUUGAAAUUAAUAAGCAUAUAUGAUACACUCUUGCAACCAGUAGUUUCAUCAAUAAUUUUUAAAGCCUUAUCAAAAUAAACCAUGGCCACUUCAAAUUCAUUGUUUGCGGCUUUCAACACAGCCAGUUGGUUAAGGACCUUUCCGAGGAUACUAUGAUAUUCUGGCAAAACUUUGUCUGAAUAAUCACAGCAAAGCUGUGCCCUUUCUAAAGCUUCUGAAAAAUUACCCUGGCAUGCUAAAGUAGAGCUAGCAAGGCUAUGUGUUGCAAUUCUAUGAUAUUGGUCAAUUAUAUUGCCUUCUUUAAAUACUACAGCAUCCAAUGUGUUUUUACUUUGAUCCAUAGUCUAUAGAAUUGGGACGGUCUGGAAACCUUUUGUCUUGAUAAAAGGAAGCUGCCUCGGAUGUUGAGGCAACUAGUUUCCAGGUCCUUCACAAGAUCGAAUGUGCACAAGGAAGUCAAAGAGAUGGAGUUGGAGAGUGAACUAAAUGAUUGCGAUAUAAUCUUGCAGUUGCUCGAUGAAAACUCCGCUGAACUUCAAUUAGAUUUUGAGCGGGCAGUAGAUGAGGUUCAAGAGAACAUUGUGGAGUGCCCUGAUUGUCAAAAAGUCUAUAAAACGAAAGGGGGACGCAGAAGACAUCAAAAGGCAAAACAUCCUGAUUCUGGUCAUAAGUCUGAGUCUCCAGAACUUGACCUUACACAGUAUAUUUAUGAAAACUUGGUGAAUAAUGGGGCCAAAUCAUUAGCGUCUGACCUUUGUCUUCCUCCAGCAGAAAGGGCAGCAUUUUGGUCAUACACAUUCAAAGUAGAUAACUGUCAUGCAACAAAUGGACUUCACUUGGCUCAGAAAUUGUUCAAAGUUUUGGUGCAUAAAGCAAAUGCUGCUAAGUUUUACAAGAUAUUUUAUGCCCAAUUUGUAGCUAAAGCAAAUUCAUACCUCCAAGAAUUGUCAGAGCCACAAGCAGUUUUCCUUGCAAUGAAAUUGGCAGACAGUCUACUUGCAGUACAGGAAGAGCAAAAACCCUCUGCAGACAUGGGAAUGCCUCAGGUUAAAAUAACAGAAAAAGAAAAGUUGGCAAUGCAGUAUCUAGGUGGAUAUGUGCUUUCUAACCUUAACAACAAGAAGUUUCAUCAUGCACGGUUUUAUUCUAAAUUAGAAAGCCAAGACUGCAUAAUGAUUCUUCGAGCUGGAAGAUGUCAGGAUGAUUCAUCUCAAAAGUGUACUGGAAAAGCACGUCGCUGUUUUGCAAAAAUCAAAUGA